AAUGACGUCACUUCCGUAAACAUUUGGAUGGAAAAAUAUGUUGUUUUAUUGCAUCUUACUUUUGAAUUUUAAACUAUAUGCUGAAUGCCAAGAAGAGAUUAAAAACAAUAUUUGUCAAAGUGAUAUUCUAAAUAAUUAUUUUGCAGAAGAUCGAGAAAAAUCAUGCACCAGGUACAACAAAAGGAAGCUCCAAAGUUCAAUGAAAUUUUGGAAAUUUUCAGAAAAUCAAAUAUUAUACAACACUUUCCCAAUAGACCAAUUAGUAUCAAAUCAUGUCAGGCAAGUGUCAAAUGUGUUAUUUUCCAUGGUAAAACCAAACAUUUUAGAAACAGACCUGAAGUUAGCUGUAUUCUCUGAAGAUGUACUCACUAGGAUAUUGGAUAUGGAUUCUGCCAUUACAGAAACAAAAGACUUUGUCGAUUUUGCUUCGGGAAAUGUUCUACUGAAGUCAUCCGUCCCACUGUCUCAUCGUUAUGGUGGGCAUCAGUUUGGCUAUUGGUCUGGCCAGCUGGGUGAUGGAAGAGCUCAUAUGUUGGGGGAAUAUGUUAACAACAAAAAUGAAAGAUGGGAGCUACAACUGAAAGGUUCAGGGAAAACACCUUACUCGAGACAUGGUGAUGGCUUUGCAGUCAUCAGAUCUUCUGUUAGAGAAUUCCUAUGUAGCGAAGCAAUGCAUUAUUUAGGUAUACCUACUAGUCGAGCAGCCACCCUGGUUGUUUCCAAAGACCCUGUGAUACGAGACCAGUUCUAUAAUGGUAACAUCAAGAAAGAGCGGGCGGCUGUAGUGUUGCGUCUUGCACAAUCAUGGUUCAGAUUUGGAUCCCUAGAGAUAUUGGCAAAGAAGCAUGAGAUACCCCUACUCCGAAAACAAGUGGAUUUUAUUAUAGAGAACUAUUUCCCACAGGUGGGCAAUGAUGACAACAAAUACCUUGCAUUCUUCAAUGAGGUUGUAAAACAGACUGCUGAAAUGAUUGCUCAGUGGAUGAGUGUAGGCUUCACCCAUGGUGUAAUGAACACUGACAAUUUCAGCAUUCUCUCCAUCACUAUUGACUACGGUCCAUUUGGCUUCCUGGACGAGUACAACCCAGAGUUCGUCCCAAAUACAUCAGAUGAUGAAGCUCGUUAUAGUUACGAAAAACAACCAGAUGUUGGUUUUUUCAAUUUGGAUAAAUUACGCAUCGCUCUUGCUGCGCUUUUGACAGAUUCACAAAGAGAACAACUUAAGACCGGGCUAAAUGGAUUGGUUUUGUACACAGAGGUUUACAAAUCAAAAUUCAUGGAGCUUUUUCGUAAAAAGUUAGGACUCGUUGGAGUUGAACCUAAUGAUGAAUAUCUUGUUGCGUUACUUUUAAAAAUGAUGGCGGAACAAAAUGCUGAUUUCACAAUGACUUUCAGGGAGCUUGGGGAAUUAACCAUAGAGAAUAUGCGUAAUAAUCACAUCCCAAGUAGACUAUGGGCUUUAACACAUCUAUUCUCAAACAGCAACUUUAAAAAUUGGUUGAUUUUAUACUUGAAGCGUAUUGACACGGGAGACCCAGAUUUAGAACAGCAAGACAAUACUAGGAAAUCACUGAUGCUCAAAACUAAUCCACGAUAUAUUCUACGCAACUGGAUUGCUCAAUCAGUUAUAGAAAAGGUUGAAAAUGAUGAUUUUAGUGAACUCCAAAAAUUAUCAGAGAUUUUGAAGCGACCUUUUGAUUACCAAAUAGAAGCUGAGUUGUUAGGUUAUGCUGAUCCCCCUCCCAAAUGGGCAUCUGACAUAAAAGUCAGUUGCUCUUCAUGA